CCCUCUCCACACCACCGACACCUUAAUUAAUUCCGCCGCUCCACGAGACAGACAUGCUCCGAGGAGUGCGCACCAACAGCGAAGAAAAGCUCCGAAUAUGCAGGCUUGACAGCCACCAAAUAAUACCCGUCGACCGCUGUGAUAUUUAACUCGCCUGAAUCUGAUUUUUUUGGGGCGUAUGCUCUGCUGCGCACCGGACCGACUCCUUAACAAGCGCAACUAGCAGUCUGUCCGUGUUUUCAGCCUGCACUCAGCGGCCGGUGGACGUAAGCUCUAAAAUGAGGCUGAGAAACAUCAUUUUAUUCGUCGCUAUCUGCUCUUUUACAGCCUAUUAUGUUUAUGAACCAAUUCCUGAAACGAUAGAGGAGAGAUGGAAACUUAUGCUGACCAAUUCCUUUUUCAGAACUCUCAGUCAUUUGGCAGACCUAUGCGAGUCUGUGGGUCUGAAAGACUACAUGGAUGUAAUGUAUGUCAUUACUGUAAUAGAAGGAAUCGUACCUGUGUCUGAUGAGUUUGUGAAAGUGACAGAAGAAAAGUUUGAUGGGGUGGAGGUGGUGGUCUACCAGCCAAAGCAGAAGGGAGUAGACACUGACAUGAGGAGAGCUGUCAUUUACCUGCACGGAGGAGGAUGGUGUCUGGGGAGUUCCCGAAUGAGUCCAUAUGAUCUGCUAGCCAGAAAGAUUGUCACCGAGCUAGAUGCUGUUGUUCUUUCAGUAGAGUACCGUCUUGCCCCUGCUCACCAUUUCCCUGUCCCAUAUGAGGAUGUGUACCGUGUGGUCAAACAUUUCCUCCAGAAGGGGGUGCUGGCCCAGUACUCUGUGGACCCAGAACGCAUUGCUGUGUCAGGGGAUAGUGCUGGAGGGAACCUUGCAGCUGCAGUUUCACAGCAGCUUCAAAAAGAGCCUGGGCAGCAGAUCAAGUUGAGGGCUCAGGCGCUCCUUUACCCAGUGCUCCAGGCUUUGGAUCUCAAGACGCCUUCAUAUCAGCAGAAUCAAGACAUGCCCAUUCUGCCACGCACUCUCAUGGUGCGGUUCUGGAGCGAGUAUUUCACUAGCAAUAAAGCCCUCUUUAGAGCCAUGAUGGCCAAUGCACACAACAGCCCAGAGUCCUCGAGGCUGCUGAAGUUUGUGAACUGGAGCGCCUUUCUUCCAGAAGUAUAUCACAAAGAAUACAACUACAGUGCUCCUGCUGUAGCACAGGGACUUGGAGACGAUGGGAAUGGGAUGGAUGGACCGUCUCAGCUAUUCGCCGACCCGAGGGCAUCGCCUUUGCUCGUCCCUGAUGCAGACUUAAACUCUCUGCCCAAGGCCUACAUUCUGACGUGCGAGUAUGAUGUUCUUAGAGAUGAUGGGAUCAUGUAUGCUACACGACUCCAAGCAGCGGGGGUUGAGGUAACACACCAGCACUAUGACUCAGGAUUUCAUGGCGCACUGAUGUUCACAGUGUGGCCAACUGACUUUCUUAUUGCACGUCGCAUGACAGACAACUACAUUAAAUGGCUCAAGGAAAAUUUGUAAUAAAUAAAAACAGCAAAACACCAGACUAUUCCAGCUUUGUUCCAUGCAAUGCAUUAAUGUAUGAAUGUUG